AUGAAGCUACCGACCCUCACCACCGUCUCCCUCGUCACCUUGGCCGGCCUCGCCGGCACAGUCUCGGCCGACUCGCGCUGCAUACGGCUGGAAGGGGCCGGGUCCUAUCUUUACGAGAUCACAAUCGAGGACGUGCCCAGGCAGGACAUCAAGCGGGUGUGUAACAGCCUCUGGAACAACCUAAAAGGCUACCUCGACUGCAUGGUCUACCGGCCUAAUGGAUGCGAGGAGGGCUACUACGACGGCGACCUGUAUUGGUACUUCACUACCAGCGUCGUUUGCAGCAGCGAAAAGGUCCAAUCCGCCUUCUACGGCGCCACGAAGAACAACUGGGGUCACAUCUCGUGCAUCUGA